GUCAGGAGUUUAGAGCCAAGACGGUGCAAGAACUAAUGAAGAAACAUGACGUAAUAUAUUCACCCACACAAAAUGAGACAAAAGUGCGUACAUCCGGAAGGGCCAUUCAAACAAUAAAAACGAGAAUAAUGAACUACCUGAACUACAAGGACAAUUACACGUAUUUACCAAUUCUUGAUAACAUCGUGGAAAGUUAUAAUCAAACAUUUCACCGAACAAUUGGAAUGAGGCCCAUUGAUGUGAAGGAGACCAACCAGGAGGAAGACAUGCAACAAGAAGAAAUUAAAGACUCAUUCUAUGAAAGCGAGUUACAGAAAGUGGACAUUGAUCCUAAUCAAACAUGGAAAAUAGAGAAAAUAUUAAACUCCCGAGGAAAAGGACGAAAUAAACAACUCUACGUCAAAUGGAAAAGUUUCCCGCCUAAAUUUAAGAGUUGGAUAAAAGCUUCGGACUUCAAUUAA